AUGUCCCCGUCUACUACAAAGCCUGAGGGAGACGUGCUGCCCGUGGAGGCAAAGCUGUCUAUCUCCAACGUGCCUGGGGCGUUCCCCAAAGAAUUGCCAGAGGCUGCUGCCACUGCGGCUGCUGCUGCUGCCAGCCGGAUGCGGUUUGACUUGAACCCGUUUUGGGAUUUCCACCAGGAGAUCCCUCCGGGGCCCACCCGGCACAAAGUGAUGGUGCUCUUGGCCAAGGCGUCGUCGCUCCAAUUCCAAGGCCAAGUGGAGAGGUUGAAGUUGUACGCCAGGUUGAGUGCUGCCGUGGAAGACUUAUUUGAAAAGAUUCCUGCAGAGGAAAAGGAGACUAUUCUGCGGUUGGUAAGGGAAACCCACGGGGUGUGGGACGACACCAACCGCGACAUCGUCGACCAAUUGGACGCCGAGGCGGUUGACGGUAUUACUGGCGAAGAUAAGACGCUUCGCGAGGCCGAAGCUCUAUUAAAGGCUCGAGAUGCCAUCGUGCACCUUAUGGAGCGGUACAAGCAGAUCACCCAGGCCCACGCGGGGCUUAGCCCUACCAACCAGGAGAAGCUCGAGCGGUGUAUCGAUGACUUUGAAGAGAGUUUCCGCUCGUUGUUCGACAGGAACUGUGAGGGCGUCCGCCAGCUCAAGGCGAUGGUGGCCGACGCCGAUAACGUGUCGGUGCUCGGGUUUCUGACCGACUGGAUCAAGGUUGCCGUCGACACUAACGACGGCCCCUUGGAGAUGCAGUUGUCAGCAUUUUGA